AUGAAUGCCGCUCGAUACAUUGAUUUAUUAGCAGUAGUUGGUGUACCUCCAAUGAACCAAUUGUUUCCAGGUAAUGAUUAUAUUUUUCAAGAUGAUACAUCUUGUAUUCACCGUUCACUUGCUGUUAUAAAAUUUGUAGAAGAAAAUAUACCUGAACGUAUCGAUAUUGAUGACAAAGUCGCCAAAAUGGAUGACAUAUGGCCAAUAGAAAAGUUGUGGAGCAUCAUUCGACAAGAUUUAAGUAAAUAUGAAUUUAGUUUAUUACAUGAUGUCAAACAAAAAAUUAUCGAUAUAUGGAAAAACUUUAGUGAAGAAAAAUGUGAGCAAAUUAUAAAGAGUAUUCCAAAAAUGUUAAAAGGAAUCGUCCAAAAACAAGACCAAAGCAUUACACAAUUUGAUUAUUAUUAA